CCAUAACCAUUUUGGUUUAUAAUCAAUGGACGGAAACAAGCUCACCUCGCAUGCUUCGGAUAAUAGCACUGCACUGGAUUCACUCUCUUUUAGUGACCUUGUUUCUAUUCAAGAGCAGCAACCUAAGUCCCCUUCUCCUAACCGGGCUAAACAAUACCAGGUAAGCAAGUAUGACCCAGAAUUUGAAUUUACCAGUACUAAUGCAAACUUCAAUUCUGUUGUCAAUACAAUCAAGAUCACUUCUGCUGACCAGCUUAUUUCCAAUGGUCAACUUCGACCACAAGCACUUUCCAUGCAAACAAAUCAGUCUCUGAUCACAAAACCACCCAAUUCCUCGAGAUCAUUACUAGCAACCAAUAGCAGUAGUAAGAUGUCAUGCGGUAAAACAGGAAACACUAAGAAAUAUCACGAACAGAACAAAGCAAGCAAUCAUACAAACAAGAAAAGCAUGGUGACAAGGACAGGGUUUGGCCAGAAAAUGAAGUCUUUUCUAUCACCAUGCCGAGAAUGCCGAGACAUUAAGCAAGGUGCUGUUAAAGCACAAACUGUUCCAGGAGAAAAUCUCAAAAUUUACUGACAUAAGGUUUAUUCUCUAUGAUUUGUUCAAGCGAGAGCAGAAAAUGUAAUCAGGAAUCUAGCUUUUUAUAGUUUAGUGUCUCAAAAGAAUACAAGUGACAUGCUUCAUUUCAAUGUCAGUUACUACUGCAGUAAUAGCACCAAAAGAUCAAAAUUAUAAACCUUUA